AAUUUUAAAAUGGCAAUACCGCUAUUUUCACAGUGUACACAAAACGUAAUAUUUGUAAACUAUGCAUGAUAAUUUGUAAGAUUUUGUGAAUAAUUCAUGAAAUGAAACUGUAUUAACUUUCUGAGGAAAGUAAUUUUUCAUAAUGAUCACCCUCUGAUUGGUAAAAGAAGACUGCGAAUGAUAUGAAAUAUUUGUUGAUCACUUUGCAAUAUAUGGAAUUAAAGUGAAAAUCAACCUGUCAUUGACAUUUUUACCGCUUGUUUGUUGUUAUAAGUUGUGCUGUCGAAACACUUGGAAUUAUUUUGACAUAAAUCCUAAACUUAAUUUGCCAAAGCCAGAACCAUGGAAGCAGGUGGAAAAGGAGAUAAUACAUUUAAUUCUGGAAAUCAAAAGGAAGAAGAUGGAAGCAAUAAAGAGGGGGAUGCCAGGCAUUCAAGUGACAGUGAUGCAAUUCAAGUGCUUCAGUGUACUGACUCAUUCUUUGUUGCCGACACUGUAGAAGAUGAUGAUUCAAUGAUGAUACCACCAACUCCUGACAUGAUUAUUCCCAGUACGCAGGAGUUUACAUUUGAGGAAGAAAAAAAUACUACAGUUCUCUCUGUUGAUGAGACUUGUACUGAAGAUCUAAGUAAGCCUGCGCAGGAAAUUAUAAACUUAGAAGAGGAGGAAGAAGAUCCAGCAAAUGACAUGACUCAAGACCUUCCUGAGCUUGAUGUAACUCAACAGCUGCUAUCCAAAAAUACAUCUGUCAAAAAAGUUGUUGAUGAUCAAGAAGAUGAUGAUUGGCAGUUAAGAUUCACUGAAACUCAAGAAACACAAGAGCUACUGAGCAUUUCUAGAAUGAGGGAAGCUAAAGAAAAAGAAUUAUCGGAUUCCUCUGCAAAAGAUUCUACUGAAAAUAAAGAUACUGAAGCCAGUCCACAAAAACAAAUUUCUCCUGACAAAAUACAUAGCAAACCUGAAUCCAUAAGUCCUUUAAAACUGCAAGGUAAUUUGUCUGGUGUAGAUCCUGAAAGCGAAGAUGAAAUUGAACCUAGUCAAUCUUGUUUAAUCGAUUACCAAACGUCAUCUACAUAUUCUGCUUUUAGAGAUGAAGUUUUACAAAGUUCUUUGAGUACUCAACGUUCUACUACAGCACCAGAAUCUCAAGCCAGUGGAAAAAUCGAUAAGCCUAGUUUAGAUAAAAGUUCUGAUAUCAUCUUAAUCUCUGAUUUACCUAAAUCCCCAGCAAAACUUAAUCUCCCAAGCCCAAAAUCUAAAAUUGAUCAAAUUAAGAACAAACCAUUACAAAUUAUUGACAUUGAUAGUGAGAAUGAAAUUAAGGAACUUAAACCUAAAACUGAUAGUGAUAUUAUGGAAAUAACUGCCUCUGGUAAAAUAGUGGAUGAACCUUUACUAACAAAAGUAGAUACUUGGGUUGUAGGUAUGAAGGAGGAAACUGCUAAAGAAGUUGUUUCUUUAGGUAGUAAAAGUUCUAAAUCUGCUUUAAUGUCAAGUUCUAAAGCAGAAAAGAGUGAACUCAUUUCUCAAAUAAGUGAUGCUAAAGAUACUGUUGAUUUAGAUAGUUCAAAUGAUAUUAGCAUCUCAGAGCUGGGUGAUCCUAAACCUAAACAUUCUACCACACCAGACCUUAAAAACACUUCAAAAGACACCACGAUUUCAGAUCUUGGUGAUCCUAAAGAUAUCACUAUGUCUGAUUUGGGUGAUCCUAAAAUCUUUGUAACACCAGACCAUAAAAACAUUUCAAAAGACACCACCAUUUCAGAUCUUGGUGAUCCUAAAGAUAUCACCAUGUCUGAUUUGGGUGAUCCUAAAGAUUCUACCUUACCAGACGAUAAGGACAGAACUUUGCACAAUUUGGAAGGCUCUAAAGACAGAACACUAUCUGAUUCUGGUGGUCAUAAACUUGAUACUGACCAUUCUAAAGAUGAAUCUGUUUCAAAUCCUGUUGAACAGGGAAAGAUAACAACAGUGCAGAAAGAUGUUUUACGUCUUAGUGCUGGGACUACACCUGAUACAAAAAAAUCGGAUCAAGAAAAAAUUACGCCUAUUAUUUCUAGUGAUAAUCAGUUUAAAAGUGUAAUCAGUGAGUUGAGUUUUGAAUGUGCAUCUGCAGUUGAAGUACCAAUAAGUACUAGUACUCCAUGUGAAGGUAAGGAUUCUGUGGUGACCACCAAGCCUCAAGAAUUAAAAGUGGUUCUGACAGGAAUUAAGCCUGUUACUCCCAAUAAAGGAUCUGAGACAAGUAAUUGUGCAUCUGACGAAAAUGGGAGAGUUGAUUAUGAUACACCCAAAGGUUUGCAAAGUAUUAAGAUGGUGGAACCUCCUCCUCAGACUUUGAAAUCAAUUUUACAUCAAACAUCAAGAUUAUCUCGCAAUAAGCAAAAAGUUCAAUUUGAAAAUGGUCAAGAAUUAAAUAAAGGUGUGAAAUUCAUAGGAUCCUUCGAUAACAAACUAUCUUUAAAAAAGAUUUUCAAUUCUGUUGGGUUGAAUUUAGACAAAAAGCAAUCUGAUCAAAUUGUGAGUCUUAAAUCUAAGGAAGAGGUUAAAAUUUCAAAAAUAUUUUCAUUUACUGUAAGAGAAAAGAAUGUUUAUUUAGAAGAAUCUCUUCAGUUUGAAUAUCCAGGUAUGCAUCUUGCAACUUCUCCUCAUUCCAGUAGUGGUAGUGGCUCCCUAACAGCAACAUCCAGUAGCAUAUCUAUUGUUGGAUCUUUGCAUUCUCACUCCUCUGCCGAUAUGGGCGACAUAGAUUCAUCGUCAACAUCUAAAUCUGCCAACUCAUCGAGAAGCCAACUAGACAGUACUGUACACAAUGCACCAUCUCAGGAAGAAAAGACGUCGACUCAAAAAUCAGAACCUAGUAGCUUCUCAACUUUUUUCGAUACGAAGAAAGAAAAGGGAGAGGAAAGUGAAUCGAAAACCGAACCUGCCAUCUCCCCCAUCACUUCAACCUCAAAAGCACAAAAGAAAACGACUGUGCGAGGUCGUAAGAGAACGGUAGCUAACUCUAGCUCAUCAUCUUCCACUGAGAAUUCAAAAAAGCGGGGUAGGUAUGCGAAAAAGGAAUCAGACGCAAGGGAGGAAGUUCCAAGCGAACUAGAAAAACAAUCUGUAACAUCAGAGGAAACUAAAGCCCCCAAGACAACUAGGGGUGGUAGAAGAAGGGCUUUGGAUAAAACCCCUGCAUCUGAGCCUGCUUUGAAAAUUGAAGUGCAAGAAAUCAGCCCUGAGCAAGAAAUUAAUGAUGGCUCUCCAGUUGGAAAUAUAAUUCCUGGUGUUCGAGUUAUGGCUCGUUGGACUGAUGGUUUCUAUUAUCCUGGAGUUGUUCAAAGUAAAGCUAAAGAAGACCGUUGGUCUGUUUGUUUUGAUGAUGGCACUGUCAAAGCUAUCAAUCACGAAAGCCUCAUCAAAGCUUCCUAUAUCCAACCUGGAACCAGCAUUCUUGUACAAAAUCCAGAGAGCUAUUUUGAUUCUGGAAUAGUGCGUGGUUUGUUCCGUGAAGGCAAUAAAGUUGGCUAUGAAAUUGAACUUGAUAAUGGAACAACUAAAAAAUAUCCCAGAAAGUCAGUUGUAUUUUCUAGUGACCAAGCCAAACUAAUAAUGAGCUCUAGACCUCCUACCACUCCUGCGACAAUGACUAUUAAUUUAGAUAAUAUUGUAGGUGGCAAAAGAAAAAGAAAAUCUCUUCAGUCGCCAGAUGAACCUCCUACAGUAAAAAAGCCCUCAAGAACUACCCGUAGAGAAGCCGCAAAAGUUGAUACACAUGUAGAUAUAUCUGCAAUUGAGUCAACAGAGACUAGUUCAACAGAAGAACCCGAGACUUCUAAAUCCAGUAAAAGGAUAACUAGAAAGAGAAAAGCGGCCGUUACUGCUGUGAAAAAGACAAAGUUAACUACACAAAGAAAAAACUCGAAGCUCUUCAAAGAUUACGCCUUUAUCUUAACAAAGACAGAACGUAAAAUUGUUCCUCCUAAAUUUUGUGAAUCAGAUUGUACAGAAGAUGAAGAAAUCAAACCAUACGACAAAGAAAAACUUGUAUCUCUUAUCUUGCCUAGAGGUGGUACCGUGCUGGAUCAGUUCGAUGAUAUAAAAAAAUGUUCGAAGCCACAUAUAUAUUUGUUAGCCAAUACCUACCUUAGAACCAUGAAAUAUAUUCAAUGUUUAGCAUCUGGUAUUGCAUGUAUCAAGCAUCAUUGGGUACAAAACUGUUGUGAUGACGGAGAAAUACUUUCAGAAAGAGAUUAUGUUCUUCCGGCAGGAAUGUCUAUAAUUUCAAAUAUAGUUGUUGAAUGGCAUGGUAAAACUGAUGUUUUGAAAGAUAAAAAGAUAUCACUAGUGUCAACCCCAGGAAAUCCAUUUGUUGAUAAUUGGACUCCAUUAUUGCUAGCUGCUAAAGUUGACGUUAUUGAAAAAUUUCUCCCUACUUCAAAAUCAGGAGCCUCUGCAAACAUUGAUCUUAUUAUCACAAACUCUGUUUGUCCGCAAGAGAUAAUCCAGGCUGCCAGAAGGAAAAAAAUCCCUGUUGCCUCUAUAGAAUGGGUGAUACAAUCUUUAAUCGCUGGUAAAUGUUUACCGUACGAUGCACAUCCAAAAUUCAAACAUGACUAUACUGAAUGAUUAUCAUAUUCAUCAUGAACAAAAAAGGAAAAAAAAUAAAAACAUUUCAAUGCUUCUUCUUUUAUUUGCAAUGUUUUCAAAUGAUCUUAAAACAUAGAAUAGGUUGUUCCAUUCAUUGAUAUGGAGUAAUAAAAUUGUACAGAUUGCAUAUCUCAAAUAUUUUUCAUCUGAGAAGUCAUAAGUGUAAUGCAUUUUUAUGAAAAAUUAGAAAAAUGCUUUUAUAUAUGUAACGCAUUUUUAUGAGUAAUAAAAAAAAAUGCGGUUAUAAGUGUAAAGCAUUUUUUUAUUAAAAAUCGAGAAAAUGUUGUCAUAAGUGUAAUGCAUUUUUAAAGAAA